AUGGGUGUGGCUCCCAAACUCAUUGUAACCGACCAAGACUUAGGAAUGAAAGUUGCUGUUGAGGAGGUCCUUGUCAAUACAAGACACCGGUGGUGUAUGUGGCACGUUAUGAAUAAAGUUGCUGACAAAUUGCCAAAGAACAUGCUUGGUAGUGACCAAUUAAAGAAGGAACUGAAUGCAUGUGUAUGGUCAGAGUUGAUAGAACCUGAUGCAUUUGAGGAAACUUGGCAUGCUAUAAUGGAAAGAUAUGGGCUGACCAAUAAUGUCUGGUUUUCAUCAAUGUUUGCAUCCAGAAAAUUUUGGGUUCCAGCCUUUUUCCGUGAUUUUUCGAUGAGUUCGUUGAUAAAGACAACUUCUAUAUCUGAAUCACAGAAUAACUUCUUCAAAAGGUACUCAAAGUCUCGGGCUAACCUUAUGCAAUUUUAUAUGAACUAUAAUCAUGCUCUGGAGACUCAAAGAAGUAAUAGUGCAAAGCUUGAAUACUAUGAUUCAACAAAAGUACCUAUUUUGCGAACAGGAUUGGAAAUCGAGAAACAUGCAUCGACGAUAUAUAGUGGUAGUGCUUAUACUGAAAUUCAAGAAGAGAUAGUAUAUGCAUGUUUCUCUUUGUCUUGUGCAACUCUAGGAGUGUCUACCAAUACAGAUAUUGAAGUAUAUGACAUAAAUGACAAGGAUUCAAACUCAUGGACAGUGACUUACUCCAUUGGUGAUGACACCUAUUUGUGUGGAUGCAAAAAAUUUGAAAGACUUGGUCUAUUGUGCAGCCAUAUAUUUUGUGUGUUGAAACAUAAUUUUGUUAAGUUGAUACCCGAGAAGUUGCAUGGAGGAAGAUGGUUGAAGUCACAGUUUGUGAAGCCAAUACAUGGAGGUUUUUGUGAUGAUCAAGAAAUACACCUUGCUCACAAAGAAGGGAACAUUGAUCAAAUCAAUGCAUUCGCUGCAAUUAUUGAAGAAGGUAGGAAGCAGCUUCUUGGCGAAGAUGUUGUUCUGUCUUCCACACAGAAGAGAGCAAUGAUUGAGAACUUCUAUGGCUCACAUGUCCCGAACAAUAUUGAAGUUCAUCCUCCUGAGGUUGUUAGUACAAAGGGAAGUGGAAGUAGGAAGAAAUCGAAGAGGGAGUCAGCAAUAAAGUUAGCAAUGAAACCAGGCCGAAAGUGUGGAAACUGUCAUGAGAUUGGACACCAUGAUUCUAGGAACUGCAAAAAGGUUAAUGAGAAGUCAAAUCAGAGGCAAUGA